AUGGAGAACAGCGACAGUGAAAUCGAAGACCCGGACCCGGAGCAUCCGAACCCGUUCAAGAAGAAACGCGUUCGGAGGCACUGCCCUCCCAAUACCCUAGCGCCCGUGGAUUCGCAGGACGCUCCAGGGGAAGCCGAUCCAACACGACGGAUUACGCUCAAACGCACGUGCACGAGAUCUGACGACGCCGAUCUUCCCCCGGUGAAACUUCUAGGAAUGCGGGGAAAGGUUCCGAAAGAGGUCCGAGAAGAAAAACCGCGUAUACCGUGGAGCGAGCUCAAGAAAAACAUCGAUUCCCUCGUAGGAAGAGUCAGUGCCUCGAACGUGAAAGAAACCGUAGCGGAACUCUACCAGGAGGACCUCGUACGUGGAUGUUUCGUACUCGCCCGGUCCAUCAUGCAGUAUCAGGCUUCCUCGAUGGCGUCCACGCACGUGUACGCAGCGCUGAUUGCCGUAAUCAAUUCAAAGUUCAAGGAAGUCGGAGCGUUGAUCCAGAGAAUGAUAAUUCUGCGCUUCAAGAUCAGCUUGCGUGAGGCGGACAAGUUCAUGUGCAUCGCGACGGCGAAAUUCAUCGCUCAUCUCGUGAAUCAACAAGUCGCUGAUAUACUUUGCGCUUUCGAAUUCCUGAGCUUGCUUCUGAAGAACCCGACUGACGACUCGAUCGAGGUUGCGAUCGUUUUGCUAUCAGAGGCGGGACAAAAACUGAUUGAAUCAUCUCCGAGAUGCGUCGACGCAGUAAUAGCGAAGCUGCGACACCUCAUUUUCAGGGGCAACCUGGAUAUCAUGAGCCAGCACCUGAUUGAACUCGUGGUCAUAGCUCACGAGAACGGCUUCAAGAUCCAUCCCACGAUCAUCCCGGAACUCGACCUCGUUAAGAAUAAGCAUCGAUACACUCACGUGAUCAUACCGGGACAAGUCAUAGACGACAAUGAGCGUCUGAACAAGUUCAUUCUGGACUCUCGAUUCGAAGACGACGAGGGAACUUAUCACGAAAUUUACGAAAUUAUCCGCAGGAGCGCUCCGCAAAUCGAGGAGGAAUCUUCGUCCUGUGACUACGAUUCGGAUGAAGGAGAGCCCACACCGAGAGCUUUACCCAAGUGGUCGCACUUUGAAGAAUGUUUGAGUAACUUGAGGACCUUACGAACCCCGGGGGAAGAACCGCGGUUCUCACGCUACAUGAGGCGCCGUUGA